UGUUUCCAAAGAUUUCCCAAGCCUCUUUAUAUAAACGCCAAGCUUCCAAAAGGUAACCCUCUGGGCAAAGCAGAGUCUUCGCCAAAUUGCCAAGUUCUGUGGAAAAGGAGAAGAAACGACAGGAAGUUAUACUCACUACACAGAUUUUUUUGUUUUUUUUAAAACGACUAUUCAAAGUGCCAGUGUAAGUCUAGUAAUUACUGAUUCGGGUAACCACCAAAGUAUAAUUAAACGUUUUGAAGAUCUUACAAUUGGUAUCCAAUGUUUUCGAAGCUAAAAUAUUUUCCUUUUUUUCUUUGAAAACAAUUGAGCAAAGAAAAAAAAUUGUCAUUGUCUGCAAAGGCUGUCAGUGCUUUUCAACCAUGUAAAGUAUCUCAUAUUUUGGACUUACUCGAACGAGAAAAUUUAAUAUAAUUUCGAGUGGGCCAAAACUAUAAUUAGUAAACUUCAAUUAUUUUUAUCUUCAAUUAUUCUUUGCAUCGUGUCUGGUACUUUUGCUCAAAUUAGUAAACUUCAAAUUUCAGAUCUCUCAAUAUCUGUAAAAUGGGUAUCUCUUUCUCGAUACCCUGUGAUCCGUGUGUAAAUAAAGUCUUUCAAUGGCUAGACACGAGAGUAAGUUAUACUCACAAUCUCGAGAAGAAUCUAGUGGCUCUGGAGACGACAAUGGAAGAGCUAAAGGCCAAGCAGGAUGAUUUAUUAAGAAGGGUCAGUAGAGAGGAGAAUAAAGGCCUAAAAAGGCUUACCGAAGUACAGGUAUGGCUUUAUAGAGUUGAUAAUAUCGAAAACAGAGUCCAUGAUCUUCUUAACGCUAGAAAUGCUGAAGUUCAAAGGCUGUGUGUUUGUGGGUUUUGCUCUAAGAGUUUAUUAUCGAGUUAUCGUUAUGGGAAAAGUGUUUUCUUGACGCUGAAGGAGGUUGAGAAACUCAAAAGUAGAGAUUUCGAAGUGAUUGCUGAUCAAGCGCGAACAUCUUCAUCAACAAAAAAGAAACGAAAAAACAAAAGGCCUCUUCAACUGUUAAAAAGGGAUGAAAAACUCAAAAAUGAAGCACAAUCAUAUGUGGUGGAAGAAAGACAACUCCAACAGACAAUUGUUGGUCAAGAAACACUCCUCGAGGAAGCAUGGAAACAUCUCAUGGAAGAUGGAGUUGGUAUUAUGGGUAUGUAUGGUAUGGGUGGAGUAGGGAAAACAACACUUCUCACUCAAAUCAACAAUAAGUUCAGUAACGAUAGGUGUGGAUUUGACUUCGUGAUUUGGGUUGUGGUGUCUAAAGAGUUGCAUGUCGAGAAGAUUCAAAAUGAAAUCGCUCAAAAAGUUGGUCUUAAUGGAAAAGAGUGGAACGAAGAACAAAAAGAACUAAAUCUCGGUUUUGGUAGAGAAGUAGAUGGAAGCAAAAAGAAUGUUCGUUUAUACAAUUUCUUAAAGAAAAAGAGAUUUAUGUUGUUUUUAGAUGAUAUAUGGGAGAAGGUGGAUCUAGCUGAGAUUGGCGUCCCGUUUCCAACAACACAAAACCAAUGUAAAGUGGCAUUUACAACUCGUUCUCAAGAUGUUUGUGCGCGGAUGGGGGUUGACGACUCAAUGGAGGUGAAAUGCUUGAUGGAAAAUGUCGCAUUUGAGUUGUUCAAAAAAAAGGUUGGACAGAAAACACUUGAUUGUGAUCCGCAAAUCCCUGACCUUGCAAGAACAAUUGCAAGAAAAUGUUGUGGCCUACCAUUGGCGCUCAAUGUCAUAGGCGAGACCAUGUCAUGCAAAAAGACGAUACAAGAAUGGCGUAACGCUAUAGAUGUUUUGAAUUCAUAUGCUGCAGAGUUUUCUGGCAUGGACGAUAAGAUCCUUCCGCUUUUGAAAUAUAGCUAUGACAGCCUUAAGGGGGAGCAUGUCAAAUCAUGUUUGCUAUAUUGUGCUUUAUACCCUGAAGAUGCAAAAGUUCUCAAAGAAGAUUUGGUAGAAUACUGGAUAUGUGAGGAAAUUAUAGAUGGAAGUGAAGGUAUAGAAAGAGCUGAAGACAAGGGUUAUGAUAUUAUUGGUAGUCUUAUCCGGGCAUCAUUAUUGAUGGAAGAAAAAAAUAUUGUGUGUAUGCAUGAUGUUGUUCGUGAAAUGGCCUUAUGGAUCGCCACCGAAUUGGGAAUACAAAAAGAGGCCUUCAUUGUGCGUGCCGGUGUUGGGUUAUGUGAAAUUCCAAAGGUUAAGAACUGGAACAUUGUGAGAAGGAUGUCGUUGAUGGCAAACAAGAUUAAACAUCUCGUUGGAAGUCCUGAAUGUAUGGAACUCACAACUUUGCUCCUCCAAAAUUCGAAGCUGGAAGAUAUUUCUACUGAAUUCUUCAAGUGCAUGCCAAAGCUAGUUGCUUUGAAUCUGUCAGGUAAUCAAAGUCUCUUUGAAUUGCCGGAAGAAAUAUCAAAUCUAGUUUCCUUGCAAUAUCUCAACUUGUCAGAAACUGGUAUACAACAUUUGCCCAAGGGUUUACACGAGUUGAAGAAACUAAUUCACUUGGAUUUGGAGAGAACAUUUAAGCUUGAAAGUAUUGAUGGGAUAUCAAGUUUGCAUAAUCUAAAAGUAUUGAAAGUAGCGUUUUCUGGUUUUCUAUGGGUUCUUGACGUAGUGAAGGAGUUGGAAACCUUGGAACAGUUAGAAAUUCUAACUACAACUAUUGAUCCAAGCCAGGAGCAACUUUUGCGCUCUCAUAGGCUGAUGAGUUGUACACGAUUUCUAGAGAUCUCUGGACAAUAUGUAUCAUCAUUGGACAGCCAUCAAGAAUCAUCUGGAAUAUCACUUUUAGGAACAAUGGAGAAGCUUCGUGAAUUAAAUAUUCAGUACUGCAGAAUCUCUGAGAUCAAAAUGGGAAGGCUACGCAGCUUCUUGAGCCUCGUUGACGUGAGUAUAAAAGACUGUAACCGCCUGAGGGAAUUGACGUGUUUGAUGUUCGCUCCAAAUCUUAAAUUUCUAGUUGUUGAGAAUGCAAAAGACCUAGAAGAUAUAGUAAACAAAGAGAAAGCUUGUGAAGGUGAAGAAUCAGGGAAUGUUCCUUUCCAAAAGCUGAAUGUUCUUCAAUUGGGAAAUCUACCAAAGCUGAAGAAUAUAUAUUGGAGUCCUCUACCCUUUCCAUGUCUAGAGAACAUCCAUGUAUCGGAAUGUCCAAAUCUGAAAAAGCUUCCGCUCGAUUCCAAAAGUGGCAAGCAGGGUGAAAAUAGAUGCAUCAUAAGUUACAAAUCUCCAGGAUGGAUUAAAAAGGUGAAAUGGGAAGACGAAGCUACAAAACUCCGCUUCUUAUCUUCUUCAUGCUUAAAAGUGGAAACCGAGUCUGACUAAGGGAGCUAGUUCAAAGUUGAUAAAGUCGUCAUUUGGGUUUAAUUUCUCUCUGCUUUCCAUAUCUAUUUAUCUCUCUCAUCUUUCAAACUCUGUAUUGCUUUCUAUGAGUUCUUUUUAUAAUUCUUCGUUUUCAUGCCUUUCACAUGAAACAGACUUUAAAGGCUAUUGAAAAUGGCUGCAACUUUAUUGGGAUGUGAAUUUCUUGUGACGAUGAUAAGAUAGAUAAUGGGAGCUGACUCAAACUUUAUGGUUUUCA